AUGGCCAGAACCGGUCGACGCUCCUCGAGCAGGAAGACGUUCAGCGACGACAUCGACGCAAUCACCCCGUGCCCGCAAGCAACCCACCCCAAUGAGGCCAGCUCCUCACAAGCGCCGCCAUGCACUGUUGUUGAGGACAUGCAACCGUCGAGGUCACCCUCACCCAGCUCAUGCAGCGAAAGCGAGCACACCGCGCCGAAGGGUACUUCCGAGAGGAGGAACUCGAUAAAGACUCUCGAGGAGGGCACGGAAGGCGACCCUGAACGCCUGUGGAAGCGCAUGCUGGCCUUGCAGCAGACCUACGGCUGCUAUAGGUCGGCGCGGAUGAGCGCUGCACUCGAGCUGGGCGACUAUAGCUGUCUACUCCCAUCAAAGGUCGGUUUAGAUCUGAUGAAUGCGGAUAUGCAUGCACUCCCGGAUGAUGUUGAGGCGGCUUUCAAGCAUGGUUCAACUAUCCAGCAUCAUGGAAGCAAGGUCAGCAAUUGA